UCGUGAUCGGGGAAACGUUUCCGAAUUAUUGAGACAGACGAAAAUAUUUCGAUGAGCAUAUUAAUCUUGACCAGUUGAAUAAAUGACAGAGUUGAGGCAGAGAAUGCAGCCCAUGAACAACGUGUAGAGAAUUAUUUUCUACUUCCGUGGAUGGACCGUGACAGUAGCUGACAAUGGCUUUAUUCAAGUGGAAAUUAUACAAAUUUCCAUGGCGGUUAAAAAGAAGACUGGACAAUAUUUUCACUUCUUUCCAGCUCCUCAGAUUAACACUCUGUUAUAACCAUGCUACACUGUCUCCCACCCUGAUACAGAUCAUCACCAAACCUAUCAUUGUAGUCAGUGAUUUUUUCAACCAACAGUUUGGCAGAGCAUGCAUGGUGUUAGUGGUGGGCCUUAUGGCUGUGGUGAACCUGAUAUAUGUGGUGUAUGUACUUCCUCACCUGUACAACACUAGUAAGCCUUCAGCAGUCAUCAUUUUCUUCCUGGGAUCCUGGCUCCUGAUCAACACUUCAUACAACUAUAUCAUGGCAGUCGUCACCGGCCCAGGCUAUCCUCCUCAGGCUGUUGAGAAUCCAGUAUCCGUAUGUCGUAAAUGUUUCUCCAAGAAACCAGCUCGAACACAUCACUGUAAGACAUGUGGAAAGUGUGUUUUGAAGAUGGACCAUCAUUGUCCUUGGCUUAAUACCUGUGUGGGAUUUUACAAUCAGCGAUAUUUCUUUUUGUUUUGUUUUUUCACCUAUGGAGGUGCCUUACUUGUGACCGUUUCUACCAACGAUUUGUUUGUGGAGAACUUUUAUGGAGAUACCUUAAAGGAGUAUCCUUUCCCUGGUGCCAUGUUUCCUCUCAAUCUGCUGUAUGCCUCAUUCCAAGGAUCAUCAGCCAAGACAAGACUGUUACAACAGUCGAAUAACUAUGACCGACUCGGGAUAUCUGAGACUGCGGAACACAAGCUAGUCAUCUUCCUCUACAUCAUCAGCUCAGGGCUGGCCAUAGCUCUUACCUUCCUCCUACUGGCCACAGCCAAACUCAUCAGCUAUGGGGAGACAACUAUCGAAUAUCAGAUCAAUCUGGCUCAGAAGAAGAAGUUACAAGAGAAAAAUAUUCAGUUCAAGAAUCCCUAUCAUCUCGGAUUUAACACCAACUGGAAGUUGUAUCUGGGAUUACAGGAAGUAACACUAUGGAGUUUUUUGAAAGAGAUCCUGAUUCCAUCUGUCUACCGACCAGAGGGUGACGGCACCACCUGGAGAACUCAAAAAUUCAAAUACCAUUUUGAUCCAGAAAAGGGCCUUCAAGUAUUAUGAAACCUUUUAAUCCGUGCAGAGACAAACUGCUCCAUUAUUUUUUAAACAUCAGUUCCAGUAUUCCGAGUUUCUGGAUUCUUACUGGAAAGAUGCUCAUUUCAAUGUAUGUCGGACAAUUACCUGUUACAUGACAUCGUUACAUUUGUUUACAGGUGAACUGUAACUGUUUACAUUAAGUGCUGUUGUGAUUGUUGCCUAUUUCAAUGUCUUGUUAUUUGUCACAAUUAUUUUUCUAUUAAUCCUGUUUAUAGCAUUUACUUAUUAUUAAGUAAAUCAUUAGGGGACUUACUUGCCCCCAAAUCCAGCAACCUCACAGUCCAGUCACUUACACUGAUAGUGACUGUUGUGACUCUCUUUUAUAAGUUAGAGGGUUCAAAAUUCUGGCUGCAAAGGCCAACAGCAUGCAUACGGUAUAUAAAAGUAUGUUGCUGCUAUAGCCCUGAAUCUAGUUUCUGUUCCCCAAAAUGUCUUCAAUAAAACUUUUUUCCUCUUCUGGGAAUGAAAUGUUUGCUAGUAAAUUAAGGAGAAGGGUGUUAACUUGUGCUAUGAAUUGUUAAAUAAACCAGGUAGUCUGAUGUAUAAACUUCAUAUUUUACAAAUACGCAUAAUUUGUGAGACCAGUCUUUUAUGUUGUUCUGAUCAGUUCUUUGAUCAUAAUUUAAUUGUGAUAUCUUUUUAUAUAGAAUUGAAUUUUAAGAUAACGUUUUUUUCUAUUAAUGUUUAAAAUUUCACAUAUCUUAUUACUCUUUAUAUAUUAAUGUAAAUAUAUUUAUAUUUGAACAAAUAUACCUUCCAUUUUUAUGGGUAUGCAAAGAGGUUCGAAGAAAAGAAAAAGAAUUCCACUUAUUUUCCGGAAUUUGUACAAUAUUUAUAAAGUGUUCAAUCUGUGCAAAAAUCAUAUGUGCCAACGUUAACUCUUAAAAAUUCCAUGGGAGAAGAUCUAGAUUCCAAGUGCUCAAAAUUUGAAAAAUAAAUGUGUGUAUAUACCCCCCAAGGAAAGCGAGCAUUUUAACAUGGUAUUAUUUGAGUUGUUCUAGGAUGAAAUCAUUAGAUCUUAGAAUAUAGGAAUACAGUCUGUAGUUUAGAAAAUUCACUGGUUGAAAAUACUAAUUUAAGGGUCCAAAAUCGCGAGUCUCCUUCCAGAAUAAGGAGAGUUAGCAAGUAUGAACUAGAUGAGAAUUGAAUUUAACAGUAUCAGAUUUAUUGUCAGGUUACUCAGCAGAUAUAUAUAUAUGUUAUAUAUAUACAGGUAUGUUGCAUUUUGUAUCGCAAACAAUUCCUCAAAUCGCAGGUUGAGAUCACCUCAAAUGUGUUUGUGAUAUUGAAUACUAGAAAAUGUCUUAACAGAACAAAACUCAUACAACAAUGUCUUCUGAUACAAACUUAACAGCAGCAGCAUCCCCCCCCCAGCUAUUAUAUGCAAGAUGUACAAUUUAUAAACUAUGUAGUUUGAUACAAAAGUGGGCCAUAUAUUGUUUGAGUUUAUGUUUUGUAAACAGAAUAUCUCUUUUAGUCCACAAAUGUUUACAGUGAUCAUGAAAUAUUUGUUGGUGUGUACUAAAAUGCAAUACAUUAAUCUCUGCUACAAAAAUAAAGAUGAAUCAUGAAAACACUCCGUGUUACUUGUAUUUGUGGUCAGGUAAAAGCAGGUAU